CAUUCCGCCACCAUCGAUCCUUGGCACAGGGCGUCAUGGAUGGCGACGGAGAGCCACCCGCAGCGCCGGCUGCCACAACCAGUGGUGCAUCUGACUUCGCCACCCACGGCCACAGCGAGCUGCCUCCCAGCUUUGACGAGUCCAUCGGGUACUCCUCGAGCACCUUCUAUGAACAGAGCUUCCUCGGCGAACCCGUCACCAACAGUAGUUUCGUCCAGGAGCCCCAGUUCGUGGCCGAGACCUUUGACCAGGCUCCUCUCCAAUACGGCUCGCUGUCGCAUGCUGGCUCGCUUGAACGUCUACAGUCGCAGAGUUCGUUUCGUCCGCAAUCGCAGGGCUCGUUUGAACGCCCGCAAUCGCAGAGUUCAUUCGGUCGUCUGCAAUCGCAGGGCUCGUUUGGUCGUACGCAAUCGCAGAGCUCGUUUGGUCGUCCAUCCGUGCCUUUCCCAAGCUCGGCUGAUUCUAUUGAUCAAGCGUAUCCCCAGGCCCUCGAUGCCGGUGCCAUCUCCCAACCCGCUAUCAAGCCUGAGCCGUCGCAAGCCCCGAUCCCCAGCCCCCCUGUCUCCGAGACAGCCCAAGAGCCUCAGCCCAGCCCCCAGCCCGAACCAGCGUCUGAAGGCGACUCGCAGCCCCCAACCCGUCCCAAGGUUCCCCCGCAGAACGAAAAGAGCACCCUGUCUCGGGUUUUCACCAGCCGCAAGGAUUGGAAGUGCCGCAGCGGCUACACCGCCCAUGACUUUUUCAUUUCCUACCGUGUCUCGUCCGAGCACAACCUCGCCGAAAAGCUGGCACUCUACCUUCAGUCGUCCGAGUUUACCGACCGUCUAAAGGCAUACACGAAAGGCGGAGCUCCCAAGCUGCCCCACGUUUAUCUCGAUGUCAACUGUCUCGUCUAUGGCAAGGCUUGGGAGCAGGGUUUCCUCAGUGGCCUCGUCAACUCGAAAAUCGCCAUUCUGCUCAUCAGCGACCAGGCGCUUGAGCGUGUCAGGACCGCCGACAAGCCCGACAACCUUCUGCUUGAGUGGGAGUUCGCUGUCGACCUGUGCAAGACCGGCAAGCUUGAGAUCGUUCCCUUCCUUGUGGCAGAGGAGUCCGGGGACGUAAUUUCCCUCUUCCGGUCCUUCAAUCUCGACCAGUUCCCCGAUGAGCUACAUUGCCAUCCAAACAGUCCUCAGAAGCACACCAUUCGAGAGACGAUGGCCUUCAUCUUUGCCAUCCAGGGCAUCAAUUGCAUUCCCCGGCUGGUCAGCAACUGCCUCAGCCAGCUUGCCACCAUCUACGCAAACACGUUUGAUCUCCAGAAUGCCGCAGCGCCGCCGGCGUCGCCCGCCCCAACUGCUGCUGCCGAGACAACACCGGUAGUUGCCACUCCUCCGCCACUGCCUCUGCGAGCCCCGGAAGUUGUCCAGCCCCCAACCCCGGCCCCCGUGGCCAUUCCACAGAGCCCUUCGUUUCAGUUUAUUCCUGGGGAGGCCAUGUAUCUGUCGGAGCUGAACGCGGAGAGACUCACUCCCUUGGGCUGCCGACUGUACAGCUGGAUCUUUGAUGCUCUCGACGCCUCGGUCUUCCCCGAGAGAACAAGCUUCUUGGAAGCAACCAAGAUGGACACCUUCCAUCGCAACUUUUUCCGCGGAUACGACGACUACAUCAAUCAAGGCUUGCUCCUGACCCGAUACGGCAACGAGUUUGAGUUCUACCAGCAGCUCGGUGUCGAGUGUGCCAAAAUCCCGCCGAACAUCGAGUACCACGACCUGGGCUACGCAAUCACGCGCACAGGCUUCCAGCAUUACAUGUUCAUCCUCCUCAACUGCAGCAGUCGAAGCGAGUUGCUUAUCCAGCACAGACAGCUCUUGAAAUUCUUGAAUCUGGACAUUCCCCUCAACCUUUCGAUGUUUCCAGCUCAACCUUCGUUCAAGAUCUCGACCCAGGUGGCCAUCGCUGCCAGCACACGCAAGCGGCUGAACAGCAACAAAACGAUACAGUCUUUGUACCAAUUCCGAUAAUGAGUUACAAACAAGAGGGCCUCCCGAUGGAGAAUCGGUAAGUGGUCCGAUACGACUCGAUGGCCGAUGUAACGGGCACUCCACCAUCGCAUCUCAAAUGCCGUCGAAGGCACAAGGGCGAAAUGCGGGGUCGCUGCGAGGCUCCGGGCCGAAACUUUGCGGAUGCCACCAUCCGACCCAACAGCAUUUCCACUCACCCUUUCUACGCUUUCUGUUAUGUUUCUCCUCCCCCCCCCCUUGGCGUCUUUAUGAUCCAAUCUGGAACAAAUACGUCUCGCCUUGCACCAUA